AUGUCCACUGUAUCGUCGUUGCUAAGACACUCCGGUAAUUGGAACAAUGAAAACUGUUAUGUAAAUUUCAAAAUCGAUGUGGUGGCUUUCAGAGAGUAUUCGAUGUAUAUAGAUUUGUUACAAGCAGUUGCAACUCAGCUGAAUCUAGACAUGCAACUGAAAAACAUAUACAUCAAAUAUAUCGUUGAAGGUAAUGAUACGCCAAUGGAAAUACAUAAUGAUAUGAGUGUGAGGGUGUAUGUGGAAUUGAAGAAAGAGAACAAACAGUUAGCGAUGUAUCCAUUGUGCAUAACUACAACUGAUAAAAACGUUGAUAAUUGUGUAUCUGGUGAAAGUUGUAUUCAAGGAGAGGUUUUGCAAAUUGGUUACACAAAACAAACAAAUGCUAUGGAAAUAGUAGGGAGUGCAGACUUAGCUUCUUCAAGUUGUGGAAAUGCCGUUGUUGUAUUCGAAAACGACACAAAUCUGGUUAUAUCAGAUAAGAACCAAAAAGAGGUUGUUGUUGAUCAAGUCUACAAGGACAAAGAUACACUAAAGGUUGUUAUGGCGAAUUAUGCAAUUUCCAACAGGUUCAAUUUUUGUGCCGAGAGGUCUAAUGCGAUAAGCUAUACACUAGUAUGUGUGUCCGGAGAGUGUGAUUGGAAAUUUAGGGCAUCGAGCAUUGGUAAAUCAGAAAUGUUUAGGGUUAGGGAGUUUCGUGACAAGCAUACAUGUCUGCUAAAAGAUAAGGUGUAUUCACAACGCCAUGCGACAAGUUGGUUGAUAGGUGGAAUUGUAAAGCCAAAACUAGCCAACCAUAAGAGGAAAUACACACCUAAUGAUAUAGCAGAGGAUGUAAAAAAUGAUGUUGGAAUGGAUGUGUCCUAUAUGGUCGCUUGGCGGGCUGAGGAAAAAGCAAUGAAGGAUUUAAUGGGUGAACCAUCAGAUUCUUACAAGAAAUUACCUGGAUACCUGUACAUCAUGGAUAAAACGUAUCCGUGUUCACAUAUAAGAAUGCGAAAAUCCGACGAAAACGAGUUUCUGUAUCUGUUUAUAGCAUUGUAUGCAUUCAUCAAAGGGUUUGAUUGUUGUAGCCCAAUUGUUGUAGUUGACGGGAGCCAUCUCAAAACAGCAUACAACGGAACGUUCGUUUCAGCAAGCACGUUAGACAGUGCAAGUAAUAUACUUCCUUUAGCAUAUGGUGUGAUAGAUUCAGAAAAUGACAGGUCUUGGACGUGGUUCUUUGAGCGAUUCAGGGAAGCGUAUGGUGUAAGAGAGAACAUGUGUAUUGUUUCCGAUAGGCAUGAAAGCAUAAACAAAGUUGUUUCUAGAAUCUAUCCGAAUGUGCCACAUUAUGCAUGCAUAUGGCAUCUUUGGGGAAACUUAUGUAAGAAGUAUAAGAAGAGCCAUGAUGUGUUGAGUCCCGUGUUUUAUGCAAUGGCAAAAGCGUACACGCAGGAAGAUUUUGAUGAGCUUUUGGGGAAGGUUGAGAAGGCGUUUCGGGUGGCGAGUAUUUGGAAUUGGCUGAAGAGAGAAAAAUGGGCUAGAGAGUAUGAAUCGUUAACCGAGGUGGACAAUGACUUCGAACAUAGCGAGUGUAUUAAUCGUCACCUUGUAGCAAACAAGAGAGCUUCCAUAUUUGAUUUUCUAGAAGAAGUGAGGAAGAUGUUUGGAAGAUAG